CGUACUCAUAUAAAAGCGAAAGCAAGUGCUACAAAAAUUAUUACAAACUACACCAACGUACAAUACAAACAUGUACUCCAAGAUCGUAGUCUUCCUGUGCGCUGCGGGCAUCGCUUCCGCCGGCAACCUCCUUCACGCAGCCCCUCUGACAUACGCAGCUGCCCCUGCAGCAUAUGCAGCUGCCCCUGCGGCAUACGCAGCUGCCCCUGCUGUCUCCUACCAGUCGAUCUCUACUCACUCUGCACCAGUUGCGUACGCUGCGGCCGCACCCGCUCUGCAGUACUCUGCGGCUCCAGUUAUUACCAAAGCUGUCGCCCCUGCUGUCUCAUACCAAACGAUCUCUACUCACUCUGCACCUGUAGCCUACGCUGCGGCUCCAGUGGUUGCCAAAACCUAUGCUGCUCCCGCAGUGACUACAUAUGCUGCUGCUCCAUUUGUAGCAAAAGCCGUUGCCCCAGCGGUGUCCUACCAAUCCAUCUCCACUCACUCUGCUCCUCUGGCCUACGCCAAGACCUACGCCGCUCCAGCAUUGGCCACUUAUGCCGCUGCUCCCGUAGUCACUAAGAGCAUCGCUCCCGCUGUAACUUACGCAGCUGCUGCACCCGCCCUCUCUUAUGCUGCUGCCGCGCCCGCCGUUUCUUACGCAGCUGCCCCUGUACUCAAAUCCGCGGUCACAUACUCUGCCGCCCCCGCUGUAUCUCACGUAUCAUACUCUGGAAUAGGAGCUAGCUACGGUUGGUAAACUGAGGAAUUGUUUAUAUUAACUUAUUGAUACCAAACGAAAUAAUUUAAUUUAUGUAUAAAAUG